AUGUAUUUGUCCCAGCCACACGCAAAUUCCCGGGUUUCAGACAGAAACCCACAGAAUCCAAACCGCUCAUCCCAGCCCUCCACAAGUGGCCAGAUCCUCCGUCACUGGCCAGACCCUAGACCCUCAACAAGUGGCCAGAUCCUCCAUCACUGGCCAGACCCUAGAGUUCAAGUUGAUGUUUCAGCAACUGCUAAUACCCAAGAUUCAGGCAGCAACCCAGAAGAUGUGCAAACCCCCUCAUCCCAGCCCUCCACAAGUGACCAGACCUUAAGACAGUGGCAAAAUGAUUAUGGAACUUAUGUGAAUUUGAUAAAUGAGACAACAGAUGAUGAGGAUGAUGAUGACCUGUACAAUGCUAUUAUUGCCAGCAUUAAGGAGAAGACGCAGCCAAAAGAACAGGUCCCCAUCAGUGAAAUACUGGGUGAACUCGGUGACCAAAUUGAUAACACUCAAGUGUGCAAGUUCAACAUCAAUCGUUCUGCAGUCCUCGAUGGGGCAUUAAGGGGAUUCAGACGGCUCUCCUACGACCCAAAAAAGAAGAUGUCCAUAAAGUUUUCGGACGACAGGGGAACCACAGAGGAGGCUGUAGACCUUGGUGGCCCUCGCAGAGAGUUUCUGCGUUUGUUGAUAAAAGCAUUGGCAGAUUCAGACAUUUUUAGUGGACCAGAGGGAAAUCUCAACUUGGCUCUAAGUGCUUCUGGUUUGUGUACUGGCAUUUUUUUCACGAUACACAAAGGAUGAAUUAAUUUAUCUGUU